AUGGCAGCAAAGCGAACCCUGCUAAGGCUGCAACCUUUGCUCGUCCUUCAGCAACAGCAGCAUGGCGCACUUGGUUCGGUACGACACUUUGCAUCUUGUGCAACGCGCUCGGAUAACUGGAAGUUCGACGAGUACUUGACACCGCAUCCUCCCUCGCGUUCUUCUUCAUCAGGAUCGCCAUUGGCUUCAUCCUCAUCCACUCUCCCAGAGAAGCGUGAGCCAGCAGCUUCAGACACAAGCUUGGCGCGAUCCGUAUUUGUCCGCACGGUAAACGGCAAGCAUCUCAUCUCGGUCGUUCACACCCUCUCCCUCCUAUCUCAGCUCGCGUCCAAGUUCGGUCCUAUUCAACACUUUCACUUCCCCCGCAGUCCUAUCUCACAAAGGCUGCUAGGGUACGGCAGUGUCACAUUCGCCGAAAAGGGGAGUCUACGAAAAGCACUCACCAACGAUGGCAUCCACACGGUCGUCCUCCCACCGAUCGUCCCCUCUCGAGCUCCUCGCUCUUACCUUCCAAACAAAGAGCACGAAAUGCUGGUAGGCAUGGGUCCACUCAUCAGCUGCAAGGCUCCCAGUAAACAGGCAUCCGCCUCUCAAACAUUCCUUUCCUCUCGUUCGCUUCAGAAUCCCGCAGCAAUGCGUCCAGGUUGGAACGACGUAGCACCACUCUGCAACAUGGAAGCUGCAACACAAACCUCCUAUUUUGUCGACCAGAAAAAAGCCAAAGACGACACACCGGAAGAUGCCAUCAUUAAGCACGAUUCUGAUUUCUACCUUUCUACAGAUCCCGUACCGAUUGAGAUCAAGAUAGAACGUCGUACUUCCCCCAUGGUGUCCAGACCGGGUGAUAGGAUCAAUGGAAAUCCCUUCCUCAGUAGUCGACUUCGUGCUGUACGGGCAGCGCUGCAGCAGUUUGGCGGAUUCAGCAAUGUCAUCACCGAGAAAAAUCUUCUUCGUGAUUCUGCUACUGAAAAAAGAGAUACGAAUACACCUUCCGACACGCCUCGACGACCCAAACAGCAACCACGCUCGGUCGGAGGCGGAGCGUCCGACCGCCGACCCAGCAGUCGCUCAUCUUCGUCUUCUACCCCCUUCUCCCGCCGAUCCUCUCGAUCAUUCUCAACCACCUCCAUCACUCACAACGCUGAGAUCGUGAAAGCAAGACGUAAGGCGGAAUGGCAACGCAACCGACACUCCAACUUUGUCGAUCAAAUCUUUCUCCGCGUCACAGGCGGAAAGGGCGGUGAUGGCUGCGUCUCUUUUCAUCGCGAAAAGUUCGUUCAGUUUGGCCCACCUUCUGGCGGUAACGGUGGUUCAGGAGGUUCAAUCUACAUUCGUGCGGUUGAUGGUCCCACUACGCUAGCUCGUAUCUCACGUCGUUUUCGUGGUGCGGAUGGCCCACAUGGUCAAGGAAGCUUUCUGCAUGGCAGAAAAGCUGAAGACAAGUACAUCGACGUUCCCGUCGGCACGGUUGUAACCGCAACGCGCAGGUUGAGGAUACCUGAGCAAGAGGAGGCAGAAGAGUACUAUUCUGACCUUCUCAAGCGUGCCGCGAAAGCCAAUUGGGACCCGACAGGAGUAGUUGCGAAAGAGGAUGUAGUGUUGGCCGCUGAAGAAGCAGAACGCAAGCGGUUGGCGCGGUCGCGUCCUCCGCCACCCGAGAUUGAGUAUUCAGACGAGGCCAGCGCGGAUGGUGAGCUGGAGAAAACCCAAGAGCAAGACUCAGAAGAGGAGGACAUUGACGGAGAAGACCUUCUCGAACCCACCAUCGCACAUCAACUCCAAAUCCUCCGAGAUCGCGUUUGGCGCCACUAUCCCCGUGCAGAAGAAACCAACUAUCGUCGAACCGAAUUCCGAACAGCUGAAAUGCGGCUUGCUCUUGACCGUCGUAGACGUCGCCGCUACCUAGCACAAUCUACCGCCGCUUCCACCCUCUCCAACUCUUCUUCGGAUCAACCUUCAGCUGCGUCUGUUACUCCCUAUGAAGACUCCGAAGCUCCUCCGCCAUCUGAGGAUAGAGAGCCAUGGCGAAUCGACCUAGACGAACCCACCCCACCCGACUCUGCUGGCGUCCUCCUCGCUGCCGGCGGUCGCGGCGGAUUGGGUAACCCCACAUUUCUAUCCUCCACCAACCGUUCCCCCAAAUUCGCCACUCGCGGAGAAUACGGUGAAAGUCUUGAAAUCACACUGGAACUCAAACGUCCCUCGGAUAUUGGUCUAGUUGGACUUCCUAACGCGGGUAAAUCCACCAUCCUCCGUUCCAUCUCCGCCUCAAAAGCUCAGGUGGGUCAUUGGAGGUUCACCACGCUCAGCCCCAAUCUCGGUGUCGUCCGCCUUGGGUCUGAUGGCUCUGUCAUCGGUGUCGACAAUACUGAGGUGAGCGAAGGGUACGGUGCUGACCUGCUCCUCUCCCCUGAGGGUGGAGAGGGAGAAGAGGAGUUCAGGCUAGUUCUGAGCGACAUCCCCGGGUUGAUCGAUGGAGCGGCGGCAAAUAGGGGUUUGGGACAUACCUUUUUGCGUCAUAUCGAACGAUGUUCCCUCCUAGCAUACGUACUGGACUUGACGGAACCGGAACCGUGGAAGGAUUUGAAAGUGCUGUAUAACGAGCUUGCGGAGUACAGGGAGGAUCUGCCAGGGAAGGCGAGACUGGUGAUUGUGAAUAAAGCAGACCAGUUCGAGAAGCCGGAGGAGAUCGAGAUGGCGAAAGAAAAGGUGGACAAGAUUAAGAGGCAGGCAAGGGAGAUUUGGCAGGACCAGAGGGCACUGCAGAAGUGGGAUACUGGGGUGAAAGGAGAGGAGGGGGAGCCGAUGAAGGUGGUGAUUCUGUCAGCUAAGAAGAAGCAAGGGACGCAGACGUUGGCUAAGACUCUGGUGGAAUUGUUGCGGUCUCGGAGGGCAAAUGAACAGGGAGUUGAAGAGGACGAAAAUGCAGCGACUGCUUGA